ACAAUCCAAGAUGGCGGCUCGAAGUUGGUCAAAAGUUGUGCGUACUUUUACUCGAGCGAAAAACACUUCUAGCAAACUAUUUAAUCCACAAGAGAGCGUAAUAGUUCGGCAACCUGCUGUUGCAACUACAGUACCUUCUGUUUCGCCAUUUCCUUUGAAGUUAGAAACAUAUUUAAGACUGGCCAAUAUUCCUUAUAAGAAUCGUUUUGGGAGAGCGUUUUCUUCCAAAGGCAAAAUACCAUGGAUGGAGUACAAAGACGAUAAGGUGGCUGAUUCGAAUUUCUGCAUAAGGUACCUGAAUGAGAAGUUCUCUGUGGAUUUAGAUGCAGGAUUAAGUGCAAAAGGGAAAGGUGUUGGUCAUGCUGUACUCACGAUGUUGGAAGAAAACACUUACUGGACUAUAGUCUAUUAUCGUUGGAUUGAGAUUCCCCACAAAACUACCAACUUUCUUUUUCCAACUGCUUCUCCAUGGAUGAAAAAACUUAUAGCCUUUGGAGGUCAGCGUAGAGUAAAGAGUUAUCUGCAUGGCCAUGGAAUUGGCAGACACACCAAAGACGAGAUAUAUUCCAUUGCAUGCCGUGAUCUUGCAAGUAUAUCAGCAAUGUUAGACAACGCCCCAUUCCUUCUAGGUGAUAAACCAACGCUUGUUGAUACAGCUGCCUUUGGUUUGUUAGCUAACAUUGUAUGGCACGACACAGAAUCUCCACUCAGUGCAAUGAUAAGAAAGGAUUUUCAAAAUAUUGAAGGUUAUUGCCAAAGGAUUAAGGAGCAAGCAUGGCCAGAUUGGGAUGACGAAAUUGCUAAGAGAAAAGCAAUAAUGUACAAAAAGAAGUAACUGAAUUAUACAAAGCACACAUUCAAGUUCUCGUACAACACAGACCUCUUUAGCUUUGGCAUGAUAUUUCCCAUUUCAGACCAUGUCAUUCCCUAUAUUAUCAUUUCUAUGUUUAACAGUUGUGCAUGAUGAGACACUUGAAUAUGGAUACAACUAAAAGAAUCUUAUUCUCAAAGAAAAUGACACAUGGUUUGAAAUGGCAAAACUUUACUACUCAGAACUAGCUGAGUGGUGAAUUUUGUUUUAGCCAAUCACAGCACAUUUAGCUGUUUUUCUGCUGACCCAUAUUCCCAGGCUACUGUAAAACUGUUGCAUGUUUUUCUGUUUUCUUUUGACAGAAAGCAGAAAUAUGAAAAGGAAGAAUAAAAAAUAUUUCACUUUUUUGCCAUGUUUGCUUGCUCUUUUAAGCUUAGGGUUGGUCAUUUUGUCCAAUCAUGCUUUGCGCACUGCUCAGCUGGAAGCUAAUGCAGAAGUCUAUAAUAUAGUCUGGCACCAACAGGUCACAUGACCCUGCCCUCCCUUAACACAAGCAGCUGUGUGAACAACAAGAUGGAGCUUAGAGCUCUGUUGUGACUGUCCCACCAUGAUUGAUGCAACAGCUAAAGCUUAGAGUCCUUUGCAUUGCAAGUUAGCAUAAUUCCCAACAUUGCUGUCACAUAAUAUCAAUAAUCUAUAAACAAAGUCAACAAUUGGAGUAUUAAAAAACCUCUUAAUUAAUAAUACCAAUUGAAAAACAUUUAUUGUUCAUUUCCAUGACCUUAUUCACUACAUAACAUUUCAUUUGUAAAAUUCAUAUGAAUGUAUAUUGUAAAAUUAAUAAAAGCUAUUCCCCAACAUCUUGACAAAGGUCAAAACGUUUUUUACCUUAUUUCAGGGUCAUCUAAGCUGAAUCUAUUUUGAGGGUGGAAGGGGUAUGGUUAUAAAUUUCAGUUAACUAUACAAUCUUAAAUAAUUAUUGUAAAUUAAGUACAGUGCAAUAAAUGUAAUCUUACAUAUUAAAUAAACCCUAAGGGCUUACAAGUACAGAAUAUGACAAUGUAUGGACUCAAAACCUCUAUUAAUAUUCUUUAAAAAAUGUAUAUUAAAAUGUGUUACCCCUUUUAAAAACCUGAAAAUAUUGUAAUAUCUGGAUCAGCACUUGCCCUGCAUAGUACUACCCUCUGCCAAAUUAAUGCUAUUCUUUAAAGUAUUGCUAAUAAACAAAUUAAGUCAUAAUAGUAAAGGGAAGAAGACAUUUUUUCAUUUGAAACCUGAAUAGUGCCCAAGUUGCCCUGUAGAUUAUUAUUUUAAAAUAUGUUAAUCAGUUUUUCAUAAUCUAGCAAAUUUUUCUUGCAAAAAAAUGUCAAUUUGCUUCAUUUGAUAAAAUAUAAAUCACAUCUUUAAUCUUUCAAAGCAAUAAAAACACCUCAAUUUUUGUUACACUAUUAACAAGUUCCAGAAAAUAUCAAUAUCCCAACAAAGAAGGAAAUCGGAAAUUCUGGAGGGGAGGGGGGUUCACAGAAAGUACAAAAUUACAGAGUUUGUAUGAAAGAAAAUUGUUUUUGGGGUAGGGUGGUCCUUUUACCUAAUUCCCUCCAUGGUGGGGCUAUGGAUAUUAUCUGGAAAACACAAUUAGAGGCAA